AUGAGUUCAGCACUAAUACUGAGCAAGUCGUCCGUAUGGUUUCGCAUGGCCUCUCUGCCAUCAACUGCUGCGCCACUGGCGAGCCCUUUACUAUCGGCAAUAACAAAGCCCAGUUACGGUAGUCGAUUCCUGACGAGUCAAGCAGCGCGAGCUUUGUUGGGGCUUCCCGCCAAUAAUAAGACUGCUGAUACUACCGGUAGUGCUAGUAGUAGUAAAACGACGUCCCCCCUGACUUUGAAAGAACUCCGCCAUGCUUAUUUUGCAGCCGCCAAACAGUGUCAUCCCGACAUGAUGACGACCCAGCAGGAUGAUGAUGAAGAGGAAGAGACCAACAGCCAGGCCGCCGACGAGUUUCUGCAAGUAACGUUGGCGUAUGAACUCCUUCAAGCGGAACUGUCCCCAAAAGAAGAAGAUGUCAUGAGUAAUAUCAUUACGGAAUCGGAAGAAAUGGCGUUUCGACGUGCCUGUCAAGUGGAACUGGGAGUGGCUCCCGAGAUUGUGGAAGAAUGCAAGCAAAAUCCCGAGUUUCGUCAAUGGCUCCUGGGUCGUACUGAUUCGGCCCAUUUAUGGAGGACCUUUUUGAUGCAACAUGGAGGAUUGGCCCCGAAAUUACGCCCACCACAGUUGUUGCAGGCGGGUGCACAUGCCAAAAUGCCAUCUCAUCGAACACGACGACGGCGAAAAUAG